AUGACCUCACCUACGCCAGUCUCGUUCACACCUAUGCCCUACUUCCUCGCCAUACCUUAUUGUUUCAUCGUCGGCAUAGUCAUUUUCGGUUUCCUAGAGACGGUGUUUGGGCCUGACAGGGCCUUUCUCACCUACGUCGCCUAUCUCAGCAUUGUGCCCACGUCUCUGUUCUACAUCGUCACCGCGGUCGACUACACCGGCCGCUUUGCCGUUGCUGCUGCCACUGGUAUGGCAUCCAUUACCAAGACCUCCCAGCCAGCAAAGUAA